UAAAUUUAUUCUCUGCCAAAACAUAUUCUUUGCAUUCAGUUAACUGGUUGACUAACUUUGACGCUUUCAAUUGGCUUUAUUGUAGUCACUGGGCCGAAGUCGCUGUGAAACAAGUCUGCCUUCGAUAAAGGUGGCGCUAGUACACUCAGUUCGCGAGCAGCUGCCCAAACAGCAAGACAUGCAAAAAAAACGCGGGACACACACCAGCUUCGCAACCACUCUGCCACUGCCGAAACUGUGGGUAAAAACCGAGAUACCUGGACAAAUGACAUUGAGUUCCUCAUGUCUUGCAUUGCACUUUCCGUGGGUUUAGGCAACGUUUGGCGUUUUCCCUUCACUGCACUUGAAAACGGCGGAGGUGCAUUCGUCAUUCCCUAUAUUAUAGUAUUAUUUUUAGUUGGAAAACCAGUUUAUUAUAUGGAAAUGCUGCUGGGACAGUUCUCAAGUCGUGGAAGUAUCAAAGUAUUCGAUUUUUCUCCUAUAAUGAGAGGAGUUGGAUAUGGACAAGUGUUCGGUACGGCUAUUGUGUCCACGUACUAUGCCACUUUGAUGGCUCUUACUCUUCGUUAUUUGAUAGAGUCGUGUUAUCCGACGCUGCCCUGGAGUUAUUGUCGCGAAGAGUGGGGCGACGCCUGUAUCGAUUCGAAGCUCAAUAAAACAAACGUUUUCACAAAUGAAACUAAAGUGAAAAGCACAUCGGCGGAAUUUUAUUUCACAAAAGUAAUUUUGCGAGAAAAGGACUCCAUACAUGAUGGAAUAGGUUACCCAAGUUGGUCGUUAGCCCUGACACUAGCUGUUUCUUGGCUCGUGAUAGUCUCCAUACUUCUUAAAGGCAUUAAGAGCUCGGGCAAGGCAUCAUAUGUCCUUGCACUUUUUCCCUAUGUGGUUAUGUUUAUCCUACUCAUACGUUCAUUGACACUGCCAGGCGCUCUCAAUGGUGUUUUGUAUUUUCUGAAACCUCAGUGGGAUAAACUUCUAGACCCAAAGGUAUGGUAUGCAGCUGUUACUCAAGUAUUUUUUUCGCUUGCCAUUUGUUUUGGAAACAUAAUCAUGUACGCCUCGUACAACCGAUUCCGGCACAACAUAAAAAGGGACUGCACAAUUGUCACCACCUUAGACACGUUCACUUCGCUUCUCUCUGGUGUAAUCAUUUUCGGCAUCCUCGGAAACUUAGCUCACGAAUCAAAUACCUCUGAUAUACAAAAUGUUGUAAAGAGUAACACGGGACUCGCGUUCAUCUCGUAUCCAGACGCCAUAUCUAAAUUUGAGUUUCUACCACAAGUAUUUUCCGUGCUCUUCUUUUUGAUGUUGUUUGUACUGGGUAUCGGAAGCAAUGUGGGCAUGGCUUCGUGUGUUAUGACCGUAUUAAAAGAUCAAUUCACCAACACAAAACAAUGGAUUAUUGCUGUGGGCAUCGCUGUUGUAUGUUAUGGAAUCGGCCUUAUAUAUAUAACUCCAGGUGGUCAAUAUCUAUUGAACUUUAUGGACUUCUACGGGGCGUCGUUCGUAGCUUUAGUAUUGGCGAUAUUCGAACUGAUCGCUGUUGGCUGGAUAUAUGGCGUAAAAACCCUGUGUCAUGACGUUUACUUCAUGUUGGGUAUAAAAACUUCUCUCUAUUAUCGGAUUUGCUGGGGAUUAAUUACACCCGCCUUCAUGGCUGCAGUUCUGAUCUAUACGCUGGUGAACUAUACGCCCUUACAAUACAAUGGCUAUACCUAUCAGGAUGGAUUAUACAUUUUUGGUUGGUGCGUCUCAGGUUUCGGCUGUGGUCAACUACUUGUUUGGGCUAUAGGCGAAGUUUGCUACCGAACCAGUGGGACAAUGUGCGAGCGGAUAAAGGAAAGCUUUAAGCCCGAAGCCGAUUGGGGGCCAUUGGACCCUGCUACUUUGAAAGAGUAUCAGCUAUUCAAAACAGAAGAACGGACAAAUGAAAUGUUUAAAAAAACUGGGAUCUGCUACAAAAUAUACGAUAAUAUAUUUGGUUAGAAUUUAAGUACAUAUCUGUAUAUAAGUACAUAAGUAAAUAGUUUAAUAUCGCUGACAUAUAAUAUGUAUGUACAUUAGACUGUCCCAAGAAUAUUUCGAAAACAAAU